UUUGUUGCGUACGUGAAGGUUAACAAGGCCAAAAAGUUUCAGUCAUCAGUUUUAUAUAAUUACCUGUCGUGAGAAGUAGUUCCAGUGAGUGGCUUACAAGACAGAGAAGAACACGCACGUAUAUUUUAACCUGAAAAGACAUCGGUCCAAUUUAAAAUGAAGCUCAGACAAGCCUUAUAUGUUAGUUAAGAGUGCUGAAUGGGGUAAAACGUGCACACCAUGAAUUGGAAUGAGUGCACUUAGUACAUGAAGUAAAUAUUCAUCCUAUCUAGGUCAAAUUAGAUAACGACAUAAACAACCUUUAAUUAUACUAAAUUAUGACGGCUACCACUGAGCGUGAUAAAACAGAAACAAGUAAGCAAAUGUAUCUUGAGGGCGAAGAUGGUGGGAAAAUAAAAGUGAUUGAACUUGAUGGUAUUAUUUUCCCUAUGCCAUUUCUCGAUGGUGAAGAAGCUGUACUAAAUAGACUCUCCAUUGUGAAGAAUCUCAAGUACAAAAGUGGUGAUGUAUUGAUAUGUAGUCAUCCGAAAACAGGAAAUCACUGGGCAGCCAAUCUUGUACACUUCCUUCGCCAGCCUGACGGUCCCUUAGAAGAAAAGGUAUCACUUUCAGGUUGGCUAAUAGAUCUAUUUGACAAAUAGUACAUGGACAAAGUAGACGAUGGAAGACUGAUAUCUUCCCAUUUACCACCAAAAUAUCUACCAACAGACCAUAUUGCUAAUGGCGGGAAAACUAUUCUUGUCUUCAGAAAUCCUAAAGAUUCCGCAGUCUCAAUGUACUACAUGAUGCGGAAACAGAAAAUUGUUGGUGAUUUUGAUAUAUCAUGGAACCAGUUUCUAAGAUACUGGCUGGAAGGGAAAAUCUUAUUUGGCUCGUUCUUUGAUUACUACAAUAAGUGGCAAGAGGAACUCAAAACUAAUCCAAUGAUGGAUGUUCUUGUUGUACAGUAUGAAAACCUAAAAAAGAACACUUUAAACGAGGUACGCCGCAUACAAAAUUAUCUUGGUUUAAAUCACUCUGAUGAGCGUUUACAAGAAGUUAUAAAUAGAUGUUCUAUCGAUAAUUUGAGGAAUGACGUAGACAGUGGAAAGCUGAAAACACAACUCAUAGAUAACAAUGGGAAGUCGGCGCUUUAUAGGAAAGGUAUCAUUGGUGACUGGAAGAAUCAUUUUACAGUUUCACAAAACGAGGAGUUUGAGGCAAUUGCAGAUGAAAAAAUGAAAGGCAGUAUAUUCAACUAUAGAGCUUGGAAUUGAAAUGAUUUUAGUAUUAUUUGCCUUUGUUCCAGUGAAUCAAAAUUCCCAUAUCUCGGUAUCAUUGGCUGUGUCGGAAGUUGUUCAUUGUUUUCUUUUACACCUCGCUGUGUCACAUCUACGAAUAGUUAGACCUUUUCUGUGGACACAGUCACUUGCCUUAGAAUCAAGGAUACUGACAAUGUUACAGGCAUUCCAUUUAUGUUACCGACAAAUAUUAUAACGUUUAUGUCAAUUAAUUAAACUUACUCACUGUUUUUACAAAUUGUAAAGGCUACUUGGUAUGCAGAACAUAGUUAUAAAGUAUGCUAUGGGGGUAAUGAUUUUAAUAAGCAAUUAAUCAAAAUGUACCUAUGAAUUAUGUGUGCGAUCGUUGCUGUAUUAACUUAUUUCGUAAAAUAAAAUAUAUACAUCAGU